UUAACUUUCUAUUAUUUAAAUAGAAGUUUGAAACUACCGCGUUUCUUAACUCAAUUACUCAACUAAUUUGAUUCUGAAUAUAGUACAUCACUUAGUUCAACCACUCAGUUCAAUACCAUUCCUAGGGUUUAUUCCACCUUAACAUCGUGUCAUUCUUGAUCUUGAAGCUCCAAAAACACUCCUAUGCAACUGCUUGUGUAAUUUAAUUGGAGGAGAUGGGCGGUUUUGAGCUAAUAUGGUUUGUAAGAGUAACUGUUAUACUAAUGAUGGUUCCAAAGAUUCUUGGUUGGGGAAAAGAAGGACACUAUGUUAUCUGCAAAAUUGCUGAGGAAUAUCUAACAGAAGAUGCUUUGGCUGCAGUCAAAGAGUUACUCCCAGAUCAAGCUGAAGGUGAUCUUGCAGCUGUCUGCUCCUGGGCUGAUGAGGUUAAGCACCACUACCCGUACUACCGCUGGAGUUCUCCAUUACAUUAUGUUGAUACACCUGAUUUCUUGUGCAAUUACAAAUAUUGCCGAGACUGCCAUGACGGGCAUGGACACAAGGACAGGUGCGUUACAGGAGCAAUAUACAACUACUCAAUGCAACUUUCACAGGGAUACUAUGAUUUGAAUUCAGAAAAAUACAACUUGACUGAAGCGCUUAUGUUCUUGUCUCAUUUUGUUGGUGAUGUACAUCAGCCUCUACAUGUUGGUUUCACUGGAGAUGUUGGUGGAAACACUAUAGUAGUCCGUUGGUACAGGAGGAAGACUAAUUUGCAUCAUGUAUGGGAUACCAUGAUUAUUGAAUCCGCAUUGAAGACAUACUACAAAUCUGACCUCACGUUAAUGAUACAAGCUCUUCUGAGAAACAUCACUGAUGAAUGGUCCGAUGAUGUUCCAUCUUGGGAAAAUUGCAAGAAGAUGGUCUGUCCUGACCCGUAUGCUUCUGAAAGUGUCCGUUUGGCCUGCAAAUUUGCCUACAGAAAUGCAACUCCGGGAAGCACUUUGGGAGACGAUUACUUCCUUUCUCGGCUUCCUGUAGUGGAGAAGAGGUUAGCGCAAAGUGGGAUCCGCUUGGCCGAAGUUCUAAACCGAAUUUUCAGUAAGCAACCACUUGCUGCACAAUGAAGAUUACAGGGAAGUAAUGAAGAUAAACUGCAGAAGAAAGUCAAAAGUAGGGGACCACGCAAUGCAACUUCCUUCAUAACUUGGAGUUUCCCUCACGUCAAGAAAUGAAGCCUACCUAAAAUGCCUUAUAAGUCAACCAUUACUUAAAAAAGUGUAAUAAAAUGUACCUUUAAAUGUACAACUAGUCACCACAUGUGAUAGAUGCUGCAGGCAACAUUAGAAUAUGCUCUAUGUUGCUUUUAUGAAUAAUCUACUUCUAUUUACUUAAGAUAGGAGGAACAUUUAGCUUGUACACAAUAACAACUAUAUUGAACAUUUUGUAUAUAUAGAACAAGCUCAUCUUAGUGGGACAUUUCUGUUUCUUGCUACCA